CAGCAGAAAGGUCAGUGUCGCAUUACGUAAUAAACGUAGGUGUUGAAAAUGAUUUUUCGAUGGUGAAUGUUUUCGUGCGGGCUCAUGAAGAAUACCAUAAAAAUAUCCACGGCGGAGCUGGUCCACCAUCAGAAUAGCGUGAAGUUGUGAGUGCUUUCGUCGUGAACUAAGGUGCAUUCGUUGCUAACAAUAAUUUUUAACCCAUGUUGUCUCGCAGCAGUAGCAUUGGUUCAGACUAGGGAGACACCCGUAAGCAGUAAUGCUUGCGCCGUACCCUUCGUGCCUGUAUUAACGACUUGAUUGAUACCUUCUACUUUCUGUAUCUUCCGCUGCGAGGCUCGAUCAUGUCGGCUGCGUCGUCUACGUCGGGUUUGCCAGCCACAGAAGGGCGCGAAAAGUUCAAGACAGAUGGCAUGGGUUGGCGAGAUUUCGGAAACUCAGUAGCAAGUGGGGCUCUUUCUGGUUUUGCCGUUAAGACGGUCACAGCACCGUUCUCACGCAUGACGAUCUUACUACAAGUGAGUGGUGGACUUGGAUCCCCACAAGUACAGGGAGGUAACAGUACUGCUGCUGCGGCAGGGGGUGCUGCAGCUGGUGCACCAGUACGACCAGCGGGAGCAGUAGGACCUUCACUAAACCCUGCUGCUGUAGUGACACCAGCUUCUACGUCUACUUCUGCCGGUUCCGCGGGAGUAACGAGUACGAGAAGUAUUUCCACAUCCCUAGGAUCUUCUUACGGGGGCGGUGUCGCGUCUGUCGCCGGGUCAAGCUCUUCCUCGUCGAGCUGCAUUCCUAUCAGCCGAACCUUUGGAGCUGGAGCACAACAGCCACCUGGCAUUCGCCAGCUAGCCCUCGAUGUUGUGCGGCGAGAAGGCUUGAGCAGUUUCUGGAAGGGCAACUGGACGAGCAUCAUGCAUAAAGCGGUGCUCACAGGGCUGAAUUACGGUCUGUUUGAAAGCAUGAAGGACUCACUGCGACCGCUGUGGCGUACCGAAACGGAUCCGGGUUUUCUGGCGCGCUCUUUAGCAGGUUUUCUCGCUUCUUCUGUGUCGCUGACCGUUGCCUACCCCUUCGACCUCGUGCGCACGAGGCUGGCAUGCAAUCCGGCGAGCUACCAUCUAGCGCUGCCGUCAGGCCAGCAGUGGCUCAGCGUCUAUCGAGAUGUGAUCAGCGCUGAUGGACAUCGUGCGCUCGCGCGCGGACUUCCCUGUACGCUCAUCUGUCAAGGGCUCAAUGUAGGUCUUAACUUUAAGGGUUUCCACAUUACAUUCUUCACUACUGUUCUGGACUUGUUUCCCAGUAGGAAAGAAGUCAGGGAUGUUUGCAGUAGAAGAAGAAUGCAAUGCUGCAACCUCUAAUACCUUCGGUAUCUACGAAACCCUCAACGUCUGGAUGCUUCGGGACGACGAGACACGGAGCUCUUUCGGCCACAGCAUGCUGUGUGGUGCCGUGGCUGGAAUUACAGCAUCCACGCUGGUACAGCCCCUGGAUCUGAUACGAAGAAACCAGCAAAUCAGCUGUAAUCAUCCGGUCGACAAGGAUCUAUCUAUUGCAGGCUGGUUCCGACGUAUUUUGCACUCGGGUAGAGGGGUCAAAGGGUUUUACCGUGGUCUUGUACCUGAGCUUGUGAAAGUCGCACCCGCUGUGGGACUCAAUUUCUACAUCUACGAAUACCUGCGCCAGGAAAUUUUUGGAGGAAGAGUGAAUCCCCGAUAAGGUAGAUGAUGUAGAGUUCUAAGCAGGAUUAAUAACGCGCACUCCGGAAGAUAAAGAACAAGAACUACAAGAGGUUUACAAUUCGUCCUUCCCUGAAUUGUGUGUUAGAGAUGCUUUCGUGAUGUUACAUUUUGCCUUGGCAGAUGAAGAAAAAGUGUAAAAAAUAGUGUCUUCCACCCUGUCUUGUAAGUAACAGGACUAUCUCAGCGUUCCAAGAAAGAUACGCUUUUGUGCCAGCGCGUGAGAGGCCCUCGGGAAGAAACGUCUACUUUUAGUGAUCGCAUACAGACGAACACAUACGCGCACCAUAGAAAUUGAAAUUGUCUUUCGAUUUACAACUACGCUGUCCGACAUACACACGUCGCGUACUAUCCAUGGG